UGUGACUCAUCUUUACGUUUUUAACUGAUGGUCCCUAACGUGGACCGAAGUCAAAGUGUGGGAGGUUGCAGACAGUCCCUUAUCGUUCUCGUCCAAUCACUUUUGUUUCCGGGAGUGUGUGGUGAUGUGGCUCUGCUGCCUGGAAUUCCAUCCGAGGGAAUAUUAGCAGAUAAAGAGAGCGCAAAGGUCCAACAGGAAGCACUCUUUCAGUGCCAUCCUGAUGUUCAGUCGCCUGGCCAAUGUCCUCCAGGAGCUCUCUGGAGAAGAGGGCCAAGAUGGAGACACACAGCAGGGCGAGUUCAUGCCUCAGCCUCCCGCCGAGGAGGGCCAAGCAGCACCUGCAGAGCCCGAGGCGCCCGAGGAGGCAAUUGAGCGCCUGGCCCACCUUGAACAGCUGGUGGUGCAGCUGAAGGAGCUCAUCCGGGACAAGGACACCCAGCUGGUCCAGAAGGACACUGAGCUGGCUAGCAAAGAUGUUCUACUUAAGAAUGAAAGGGAGGCAGGUGAUGCUCGCUUCAGUAAACUCAAACUUCAGGCCAAAGCUAAGAUGGUUGCGCUCAAUAAACAGAUUGCUGAUUUGAAGGGACAAGAAGGAGCAAUAAGCCCCGACAGUUCUUUUUCCAGAGAUGUGGCCGGAGAGAGUGAUGUACAAGAGCUCCAAAGCAAGCUUGGUGAGGAGGAGGCCAAAAGCAACAAGCUGCGAGAACAACUUCAGGAUACAGAGAAGCUGCUGGCAGAGAAGGAUGUCGCCCAUGCCCAGCAGAUGAAGCUCCUGCAGGCUGUGAUAUGCGAGAAGGACGUGCGUUUCCAGGAUCAGGUUCAGAAACAUGAAGAAGAGCUGCUGGCAGCCUCGAUACAGUCAUCUGAUGGCGGCGAGCUCCAGCAGGCUCUGCAUGCAGCACAGCGCCGCUGUGAGGAGCUGGAAGAGUCCUUAAAAUCCCGCUCGCAAGUGCUGGAAAUGCUGCAGCAGGAAGUCAGCAGUGCAGAUCAGCAAAAGCAGAUUCUGACAGUUCAAUUCCGACAAAUGGAGGUGGAACUGGAUGAGGCAGUCAAGUUGCGGGAGCAGCAGAGGCAGGAAUGGACCCGACAGUCCAGCAAAGCUGAUGUGGACCUCCAGGAGUUGCUGAAGCAAGAGAAAGCUGAAGCUGCGGCAAGGCAUGAGAGCGAGCUUGCCUCCCUGAGAGAGGCAUCUAACAUGAGUCUGGAGAAGGAGAAGGCGGAGGUUGCUAGGUUGGAGGCGGAGAUGGCUUUGAUGAAAGAGGCUGUCCAAGCGUGCCAGGAAGCCUCAGAGAGAGAGAUGGAAAUAAUUCGCCUUGAAAAAGAACUUACGUCUUCAAGAGAGGCUGAGUCUGAUGUCAUCCAGGCCAGUCAGAAAAGCCUGGAGGAGACAAUAUUACAAGUAGACAAACUAGAGAGAGAGAGAGCUUUUCUUCAAGGGGAGUGGGAAGAGGCUCAGAAGAAAAGUGAGAUUUUUGCAGAAGUUUGGAAACACCUGCAGCCUCUCAUCCAUGAAGAAGUACAACCAUUGGAGGAUAUAACAGAUCUUUCAAUGGUUGUGGACACUGUGCUGUCCAUUGAGACACAAGUGAGCAGGCUGAAGGACGAACGGCGUGAGAGUGAGCAACGUUGUUCUGAGCUCACACAUAGCCUGGUGGCUCUGCAGGAACAACUGGACAGGAGCGCCAGUGAGGAGAAGGAAGCUAGGAUUCAGCAGCUGGAGCAGCCAAAUGACCCGGCUCCUGAAAUGGUUUCACAAGAGACUCAAGCAGAGGCUUCGUCUGAGGCUGAAAAAGUGACCAUAUUGUCACUGGAGCAACAGCUUUUAGAAAAAGACAACCAACUCAUUGCCUUGAAAGAAUCUUUCCGACUGGCCCAAGAAUGCUCCACCAGCGAUGUUUCAACAACUGAAAAUAUAAUUGAGAGCAAAGAUGACGUCACUGAAAAUAAUGUUGCAACGCCUCCUGACUCCCUGGAGGACACCCAAGAAGAAGAGACCACCUUGGUGGCUGAGGACACGUCAAUCCUCUCCAUUUCUGCUGACAACGAGAGCAGCCAGGAGUUUGUGGAACAUCACGACUCUCCUGAGGAAUCCAAAGGGACUCCCUCUGAUGAGAUGGUCACCAGCAACAGCAGCUGGACACUUUUAGAAGCUGUGAACCAGGAUGGACGCCAGGAGUGGCCAUCUAUUAUGCAGGACUUUGGCCACAUGCAGUCAUGGGAGACCACAAGUAUGGAGCAGGAAACUUCCACUACUUUAGUCACCUCUUCUUCCGUCAUAAUUCGAGAAACGGUUGAAGUUCACGAGACUCGGGAUGGUGCCUCUACCACAGAUGCUCCUUCAGGCCAUGUCUUUGCUCAGGCGCUGACAGAGGAACUUCAGAAAAGGUAUACUGAACUUUUAACUGAACUGAAAAUCCUUAGGGAGGCUACUGCAGAGUCCCAGGAGAAAAUUAGGAGUCUGGAAGAAAAAACGCAAAAGCUUACUGCUGAUAAGGAAGAAGUCCAGUCUCAGGCAAGUGUCUUUGCAGAGGAGCUCAAGUGUGCCAGAGAGGAAGUGAUAAGUGUUUCCCAGCAAAGCAAUGCUGAAAUCGCCCUUCUAAAAGAACAAAUGGACAUUUUGAGUAAUGACUGUAACGCCAAAGAGCAGAAAAUCCAGGCUCUACAGGCAGAUGUGGAAGUGGCUCGCCAAGCCCUCUCUGAGCAGCAGAGCCAGGCCCACAUGCUCGGGUCACAACUGGAGGAAAGAGAACUCCUAUCCUCUGAGCUGGAAAAGAAGCUUCAAGAUAUUGAGAGCAACAUGUUGAAACAAUCGCAGAAAUCAGCGCUUGAUGACGACUCUUUGUCAAAGAAGGACUCUGAGAUCUGUGAGCUGCAGUUUCUCCUCAAUCAGGAGCAGCGGCAGAUGACAGAGCUUAAUGACAGCAUGUCUGCAAAACUUAACCAAGCAGAAGAAGAGAAAUUAUUGGUCAACAGUGAAGUCAAUAAACUGAGGGAGCAACUGGUGGAACUUCAGAAGUCAAGAGAAGAGACAUCGUCUCAAGUGGAUGAGGAACUAUCGAGUUUACGUAAAGCCAAGGAGGACCUGGAAACUCAGUUGGUGAGCACCAGAAAGAAAUUGCAGGUUGUGCUCGUGCAACGUAAAGAUCUCAUGAAGAAGGUCUCUGAUAUGGAGAUGGAGGUGAAUAGCUCAACUGAAAAAGAGGAAGUGUCUGAGACUGCUGCAAAUAUUCAAGACGUAGAGAAGUUUUCAGCAAAGGACCUGGAGGCCAAACUGUUGGAUCUAGAGCAAGCAGUGAAGUCCAAAGACCAAGUAAUUGAGUGCCUGGAGUGCAAGAUUAGCCAACAGGCACAGCUCCUUGCAGAAACAUGUAACAAGCAAGCCGAAAGCCCUCAUGAGUCUUGCACGUUGUCUGACAACAGCAUGUUACAAUCCCAAGUGGCCUCUCUAGAAGCAGAGUGCGAAACACUGCAGAGGAAAGUCCUGGAGGCCAAAGAGUCUCGUAAAGAGAGCAUCCGCAAAGCCAAGGAGAAAGACCGACACCAUCGGGAUCAGCUAAAGCAGCAGAAGGAGGAAUAUGGUGAACUCAUGGAGCGUUUUGAGGGGCAGAGUGGUGACUGUGAGCUUCUUCUCAAUAAACUAAGGGACCUAGAAGAUAAAAAUAAUGCACAGAAUAAUGCACAGAAAGAGGAGCAGCCAGCACAAGAGAGCAAAAAUUUGGUUACAAAUUUAGAAAAAGGAGCAGCUAAUGAUUGGGUCCAAGAGGAUUGGGUGGAUUUUGCAGGAUCUGAGUCAGAUUCAGCGCAACCGCUAUCUGGUGAUCAGCAACCAUCUGAGCAGCCAAAGGUCAUGUCUCCUCAAACAGAGGUGACCUUAAAAGCGUUAAGAGAAGAGAUCCAGAUUGUGCGAAUGGAAAACUCUGAGCUCGAGAAUAAACUUCAAGAAGCACAGACUACUUUGUCCCAGAAGGAGGCAGACCUACAGGAUGUUAGCAAGGAGCUGAGAGCCUUAUGUGAAAAGGAAAGACAGAUCGAAGUACUCUCUGAAGAAAUAAAUGCUCUCAGAGAGAAGUACCAGCAAGCGGAGUCCUGUGCUGAGGCCUUGAAAACAGAAAUGGAAACUGUUGCUACGGAAGCAUCUUCACAAUCUGCGAGCCAAAUUACAGCACUUCAAGCCGAAGUGGAGGAUUUUAAAAAUUUCCUUGAUGACAAGAACACAGAGCUUGCAACACUUAGCCAGCAGAUUCAUGAGCAGAAGGCUCUCAUACACUCAAUGCAGGACACAGUGGACCACAAAGAUCAACUAAUAGCCUCCUUAGAGGCUGAGCUUAAGGCUGAACAGGAGAAGAGCAAAAAGGUAGAAGUUGAGGAGGAGAAGGACAAUGAGGCCAAAAUCCAGCAGCUUCAGCGGAAACUUCAGGCGGCAUUGGUCUCUCGCAAGGAGAUGCUCAAAGAGAACAAAACCCAGAAAGAACAGCUUGCCUCAAGUGAAACCUUCAUUGCUGACCUGCAACAGAAGAUGCAGGUGGCGGAGGAUGAGCUGGAGAAACUCCGAGCGGAACGCACAAAGCUGAUUGACGAGGUUGACCGCAUGUUGCAAGAAAACCAAAGCUUGGGCUCUUCUUGUGAGAGUCUCAAACUAGCCAUGGAAACCAUCGCGAGCGAAAAAGACACAUAUGUAAGAGAAAGCGAGUUGGCCAAAGACGAGGCAGCCAAGAUGUGCAGCGAAUGGGAGGAGAAGGUCAGCAGCAUGAAGGAAGAGUAUGAAACCCUACUCCACUCCUACGAGAAUGUGAGCGACGAGGCGGAGCGUGUAAGGCGAGUCCUGGAGGCCGCCAGGCAGGAGAGAAAGGAACUGGCAGCGAAGGUCAGGUCCAACGAUGCCGCCAGACAGGAAGCCGAAAGACAGGCUGAGGAUGCGCAAAAAGAAGUGGAGUCAGUGAAAGACAAAAUGAGGAAGUUUGUCAAAGCAAAGCAGCAGAAAAUCCUUGAGCUGGAGGAGGAGACCGAAAGACUUCGAGAGGGGAAAGAAAAAAGACAACUAGAGGGUGGAAAUCAAACCAAAGAGUUUGAAAGACAUCAAGAUGAGUUGCAGACUUUAAAAGCUGAGUUGGACGCUACAGUGACAGAACGAGACGACUUAGCACAAGAGGUUGAACAGCUGAAGGAACGACUUGGGCAAAUCGAUAGAAAAGACACUGAUCCUGUUUGUGCUGCCAAAGUUGUGGAACAGCUUCAGCAUUCAGAUCACAUAGUAACACAGAUGGAAAUCAUUGAGUCCAAAGAAACAUACACUCAUGUGGAUAGUCCAGAUGAUCGAUUAAGUUCAAAAUUAACACCAAAUGCUGAACCUUUAGAGGAACAAAAAGUUACAUUAGAGGGCAAAAUUAGAGAGAUGGAGGCAGCUCUUCAGUCAGAGAGGGAACUCUGGAAAAAACAAGAGGCCGAACUCAGAGUUGGACUAGCCUCUCUUGAGCAAGAUCUCCAAGAGAGCAAUGAGAAGGCCAGUCUGAUGACGUCCCUGGAAAACUGCCUGCACGAGAGCAAAGAGAGAGAAAGUUGUCUGAUUGAGGAAAGCUCAAAACAAGAGGCACAGUUCAAGGACCUCCUCAAGAACCUUGAAAGUGAAAAGGACAACUUGGAGGAGCGACUGAUGAACCAGUUGGCCCAACUCAACGGGAGCAUUGCAGGUUACCAGCAGGAGGCAGCAGACAACCGAGAACUCCUUACUGAACUUAGGCAGGAGGUGGAAAGGUUGGAGAGGGAACGGUGUGAUCUUGAAGCCGAAGUCCGAGCCCAGACGGACAGAGCGACUCGACUGGAGGAGGACAUGAGGCAAGCCCAGAGGCAGAGAGCUGAAGCCGAAGCAGAAACGGGGAAACAAAGGGAGCUGGAGCAACAGCUGCGGUCCGCUCAGAGGAUCAGAGAAGGCAGCCAGAGCCGAGCCCGUCAGCUGGAGGAACUCUUGAGGGAGAAGCAGCUGGAGGUGCGCCAGCUUCAGAAGGACUCCAUCCAGUACCAAGAAAGGAUCAGCGAGCUUGGAAGGGAAGUUAAGGCACUGCAACUAGGCCAUAGUGAGCUCAGCAAAAACCUAGAACAAUCUCAAGAGGAGAUCUCCAAAACUAAGGAUGACCUAAAAAGAUCUGAAGCAGAGUUGGCAAGCUGUAAAUCAGACUUAAGCGAGGCCAAGGAACAGUUCAAACGGGUCACGCUUGAGAAAACGAGUUUGGAACAGAGUGUCCAACAGAAGGAAUCUCUGUUGAAAGCUGAGGCAGAGCAAACCCUAGACUCUGUGAGAUUUAGGCUUGGUGCAGAGCUAAAGGAAAUGGAGCUCAGACUGGAGGAGGCCUACAACGACAGAGAGAAGGAAGAAGAAGCCACGCUGGAGGCCAAAGAGGCAGCAGUGGCAGCUGACAGGCAAGCCAAGGAGAAUCAAGCCCGUCUGGACGAAUCACUCGCCCGGCUCGCUGCCUUCUCGCGCUGCAUGUCGUCAUUGCAGGACGACCGGGACAGAGUGCUGGAUGAGGCCCGUCAGUGGGAGACUCGCUUUAAUAAUGCUCUGCAUGGCAAGGAGGCUGAGGUACGGAAUGCUGAAACCAGGGCCAAGGAGCUGGCGGACAUUCUCCAGAAGGAAUCUUCUCUAAAGGCAGAAAUCCAGCUCUCGGUUGACAGAUUACAGAAAGCCAACGAAGAGUCGCAGCUGAAACUGGAAAAGACUGAAAAGAACCUAAAUGAGAGCCGAGCGGAAGUGGAAAAGCAGCGUGCCGAGCUACUGCAAACCACAGCUGAGUUGCAGUCUGCGGAAAGUCAAGCCCAGCUGCUGAGAGAGGAGUUGGACAGCCACAACCAGAGGGCCAGUGCUUUUGAGGAGGCCGUGGCUAAGCUGCAGGAGGAAGUUGGCCGGGCCAGGAUAGAGCUGAGGGAGAGAGAGACGGACGAAAGGCGUCUAUGUCUCACCUUAGAGCAAUUUGAGGCCGACCUGCAUGCCUCCAAGGCCUUGACGGAGAGUCUGCAGGCUGAGUUACGUGAGAAGGAGCAGAGGGAAGUGGAGAUGCUGGAUGAAAAAGAGCAAGCUAUUGUACUGGCUUCAGAGGAGGCACGAAAGGAGGGCGAUGGCAGGGCGCGGGAGGCCGAGGAGGAGCUGGAGAAGAGGCGAGGUGAACUACGAGAUGUGGAGGAAAAUUUGCGAAGGGCCAAGGAGGAGAGAGACACUUGCAGAGCCAAACUGGACUCCUUUACAAAGGCCAUGGGCUCUUUGCAGGAUGACCGAGACAGGGUCCUCAACAUGUACAAGCAGCUGGAGGAGAAACACCUGCAGAUCAUGAUGGACAAGGAUGGUUUGAUCCAGGAGGCAGCAAGUGAGAGCAACGGCCUCAAAGAGGAGCUGCGUUCUCUGCUGGUCCAGAGAGACGAUCUUUACGCAGAGAAGGGCAAACUGUCUGCUCAGCUCCACGGGUAUCGAGAUGAACUCCAGCAAGUUCUCAGCAUGAAGGACUCCCAGCACAAACAGCUUGUAGCGGCACAGCGAGAGCGCAUCUCAUCCCUUGAAAAGGAGCGUGAUAAUUUGGAGAGCACGUUGAGGAACAUUGGCAAGGUGGAAGCUGCCAAAAAAGAGCAGGAGAUGCCAUUACAAGCGGUAAAUGCUCCAGGAGCUGAAGUUGAGAAGCUGAAGGAGCAGUUGUUGGUUGCUAGAGAGCAAGCGCAAGCUCUGGAGGAGAAGCUUCUUGAGGAGAGGCAGGAACACAAGACAAAUACUAAAGAACUGUCUGAGCUGCGUUGGGAGGGAGGUGUGAUGCGCACCGAGUCCGAGAGUGCUCAGGAGAGGGUGGCCGAGCUGGCCAGCGACCUGCUAGCCGUCGAGCAGAAGCUCCGAGAGGAGAAGGAGGCUGUGACCCAGUUGCGGGCAGAGAACCAGUCAUUUGGUAAGGCCAUGGCAUCGCUGCAGGACAGCAGGGAUCAGGCGGAAAAAAAAGCCAGAGAGCUCAGCUUCAAGCUGGAGGAGGUGAGAAAAGCUGGAAGCCCUGUCGGCUCUGCUGGAGAAGUGUGGAGUCUGAAGAACGCCCUGCAAGCUCUGCAGAAUGACCGCGAGAGACUGCUGGAGCAACUUCAAACACAGACAUUAGAGCUGCAGACGCACAAAUCAGAGCUGGCUCGUCUGGGAGCAGGAGAGCUAAUCAAAGUCAGUCAGGCGCUGUUUGAGGAGAAGAAUAAGAACCAAGACAUGGUGGGCGUCAUCAAGCAGUUGGAGAACAUGGCAGAGGUGGACAAGCAGGAAAUAGAGAUGCUCAGACUGGAGCGUGUGGACUGGCUGGCCCAAGCGGAGCAACUUAAGCAGCAGACUCUCAGUGCGCUGUCAGAACGCGAUCAGCAGCUGCGUCAGCUCGCUGCCAUGUUAGAGGAGGCCCGUGCACACACGCCCAAACUCCAAAAGGAACUCUACCAGAGAGAGGCCUCACAGGAAGUAGACAGCGCUCCUGGAGCUCCUCAGGAGAGGCUUAGCCGGCAGGACGUGCAUGCUUCCCCGUCCGACAUCUCAGAAAUGCAGCAGAGGCUGGAGGAGGAGACGCAGCAGAGGCUGGCUGCAGAGGAGCAGCUGAUAGAGGCGCAGGAUCGACUCAGGCGCCAAGCUAAACGGGAGGAUCACUCCGACACGACCGUGUUAAUCGAGCCGCCGGAGGGAAGCGUCAGCCGAACUCGUAGAGGCGGCACCGGCUUGCUCCGGGCACUGCGUGCGGGCGUGUGCUGGCGACGACGGACGCCGCUGCUGUUGAGCAUCUACCUGCUGAGCGUGCACGUGCUGCUGCUGCUGUGCGUGGGCGGCUUCCUGUGAGCGGCGCGGCGACGGCACCUUGCAUUACGGAGGGUUUCGCACACAAACAUUGCACUUUACAGGACUUACCCAGCACGCUUGGCAAUUCAUUAGGAAUAAACUGGCAAGUGUAGACGUUCUAACGUUUUACCCUUUGACAUGUGCACGAUGUUAGGGGCUGUCAUAAAGGGACAAGGUUUGUAGAAGAAUAUAUACAUAUUUAUAAAUCAAAUGGUUAGAGGUUUACUUCCUGUUGUGAUCACAUGCACAAAAACAGAGGGUUUUGCAAUUAUUCCUUCAACAUUCCCCUCAUGCAAAUCACAUGAUUAUAUUUAUGCUUCCUCCUCUACAUCUAUUCCAGGUUAAUCAAUGCAUCUGUCACCACAGAAUGAUUCCAUAUGAAACGAGCUGCUCAUAAUAAUUACCCAAUCAUAAACUAUGGUACUGUGAUUCAGCCUAAUUUAUUGUUCAUCUUUCUUCCUUCUUCAAAUUCACCAUAAAUUAGACUUUAACUGUAUAUAACCAUUGUAAAGGGCUGCAGAGACAGAAUAUUUAAAUAAAGUGCAAGUGGUUUAUAGUCUAA